AUGGCCGCCGCCAAUCUCACAGUUCCAACAAAGGCGUCGCCCUUCCCAUACGGUGCGACAGCCCUUGCUGCAUACACCAAUACCGCCACAAUCCAUUUUGACAAUGCCGCCACGGACCUGGCUCUCACUUUGGACGGUCAAAGCGCCUCAAACGAAGAUGAAAUCAUCCAGAUCCUAGCAAAGGCUGGAAAUGUUGCCAGCGACAGUGCAAAAUCGGCAUCGUACUUUGCACUAACAACAAACCUGCGCACCUUGGCCGCUUUUCCCGAGAUCGUUGCUGCCCUCGAUUCUUUGGACGAUUACCUUGCCUAUCGCACGUAUCUCGUGGGACACGAGCCCUCUGCUGCCGACUGGGCAGUUUGGGGUGCCCUAAAGGGAAACAUCAAGGUCCUCGGCUUGCUGAAAAACAACCAACACACCCACCUUCUUCGCUGGUUCUCCCACCUCGAGUCCUUGAAGCCCAUUCAAAAACUCAUCGCUGACUUCACCGCUGCGAAAGCGCAGAAGGCCCGCUCCAACAAGACCGCUGCUGGUUUUGCCCUCGGUCUUCAAGAUGCAGUCGAAGGGCAAGUUGUGACGCGUUUCCCACCCGAGCCAUCAGGCUACCUGCACAUCGGACACGCUAAGGCCGCUAUCCUCAAUCAGUACUUUGCCAGGAUGUACAGGGGCAAGUUGAUCAUUCGCUUUGAUGAUACCAAUCCUUCCAAGGAGCGGACCGAGUUCCAGAAGACUAUCCUUGAGGAUCUUCAGCUUCUGGAUAUUCAUGGAGAUAAAGUCACCCACACCUCCGAUUAUUUCGAUCAACUCUACGAAUUGGCUGUGAAGAUGAUCAAGGAUGGCAAGGCUUACGCUGAUGACACUGAGAAGGAGCAGAUGCAAAAAGAGCGAUUCGACGGCAUUGCCUCCAAACACCGAGACAACAGUGUCGAGGAUAACCUCAAGCGUUUCGAGGAGAUGAAGUCCGGAUCUGAGGAAGGCCAACGAUGGUGCUUGCGCGCUAAACUAAGUGUCGAUAGCCCCAACAAAGCCCUUCGCGAUCCUGUCAUUUACCGAUGCAACCUUACUCCCCAUCACCGUACUGGCGACAAGUGGAAAAUCUACCCCACGUACGACUUUGCCUGCCCCCUUGUUGACUCCAUCGAGGGCGUUACGCAUGCUCUGAGAACGAACGAGUAUCGUGAUCGAAACCCCCAAUACCUUUGGAUGAACAAGACACUUGGAAUGAGGAAGGUCAACAUCUGGGAUUUCAGUCGCCUUAACUUUGUUUAUACCCUUCUGUCCAAGCGUAAACUCCACUGGUUCGUCGACAACGGUCACGUCAGCGGCUGGGAUGAUCCUCGUUUCCCUACUGUCCGAGGAAUUCGUCGUCGUGGAAUGACCGUCGAAGCCCUUACCCAAUUCAUGUUGUCGCAAGGGCCUUCCUCCGCGGUCGUUUCACUUGAAUGGGACUCUAUCUGGGCCCUUAACAAGAAGAUCAUCGAUCCCGUCGCCCCUAGACAUUGGGCAAUCAUCUCUGAUAAGAGCGUCCCAGUCACUGUCAACGGCGGCCCUUCCUCUCCCGAGAUCAAGUCCCUUCCUCGACACAAGAAGAAUCCUGACGUUGGAGAGAAGAAGACUGUCUACGCUUCUCAUAUUCUCAUCGAGCAGGAGGACGCUGCAUCCUUCGAUCUUAACGAGGAGAUUACCCUCAUGGACUGGGGUAAUGCUAUCGUCCGAACUAAGUCUAUCGACGCAGCCGGCACCGUCACAGAGAUCGUCGUCGAUCUCCACCUCGAAGGUGACGUGAAGAAGACCAAAAAGAAGAUCACCUGGCUCGCUGCCCCCAAAGACAACCACCCCCUCCCUACCGUCUCUCUCGUAGACUUCGACUACCUCAUCACGAAGAAGAAGUUGGAGGAGAACGACGAGUUUGCCGACUUCGUCACCCCAGUUACCGAGUUUAAGGAAACCGCUCUCGCCGAUGCUAACGUACUUGACCUCCCCAAGGGCGAGAUUAUCCAGUUCGAGAGGAAGGGAUAUUAUAUCUACGAUGGAGAGAAGGACGGUGUGAAGGAGUUCUUCAAGAUUCCCGAUGGAAAGGCCGCUGGUAUCGCCAGCAAGGCUGCUACCGCUGCUGCUGCUGGUGCCCAAAAGGCCGCCACCCCUGCAGCUCCGGCCAAUGAGAUCGCUGACCCCUCUGCAGCGGUUACAUCCAUGUACAAGGUCAAGCCCAUCAACCCUGACGAAAACCCCACUGUUGAGACGGGAAUGUACAAGGUCAAGAGCCUCUAUACAGCUUAA